AUGGGGCGAUGGGCCCGGGGCGGCGCGGGGGGCUCCAGCCCUCCCCGGGCCCCAUGCCCCCCCAACGGCAACGGCCGAUGGCAAAACCCAAAGACGUGGGCCUCGAAAUCGGUGGGGCUCUUCUUCAUGCUGCUCAUCGACCUGACGGCCAUCGUGGGCAACGCCGCCGUCAUGACCGUCAUCGUGAAGACGCCGGCGUUGCGCAAGUUCGUCUUCGUCUUCCACCUCUGCCUGGUGGGACUUCUUGGCCCCCUCACCCUGAUGCCGCUGGAGAUGCUCUCCGGCUCGGCCGUCUUUGACAGCCCGGUUUUUGGCGAGGCCAUGUGCCGCGUUUACCUGUUCCUCAGCGUCUGCUUCAUCAGUAUGUGCAUCCUCUCCAUCUCCACCAUCAACGUGGAGCGUUACUACUACGUGGUGCACCCCAUGCGCUACGAGGUGAGGAUGACGGUGGGGCUGGUGGCCUGCGUCCUCGUCGGCGUCUGGCUCAAAGCCGUGGCCACCUCCCUCGUCCCCGUGCUGGGGCUGGUUGUCCCCCUGACCGCCCCGGCAGUGCCCGCCGGCCGCGGCUGCUCCUUGCAAUGGAGCCGCGGUCCCUACUGCAAGUUCUUUAUGGUCUUCUUCGCCGCCUUCUACUUCCUCCUGCCCCUCCUCAUCAUCGUGGUGGUCUACUGCAGCAUGUUCAAGGUGGCGCGGGUGGCCGCCAUGCACCAUGGCCCCCCUCCCACCUGGAUGGAGACGCCGCGGCGUCGCUCCGAGUCGCUCAGCAGCCGCUCCACCAUGGUCACCACCUCGGGAGCCCCUCGUACCACCCCGCAGAGGACGUUCGGAGGGGGCAAGGCGGCCGCCAUCCUGCUGGCCGUGGGGGGCCAAUUCCUCUUCUGCUGGUUGCCCUACUUCUCCUUCCACCUCUACACCGCCCUGAGCGCCCAGCCCUUGGUGGGGCCGGCGGCCGAGACCGUGGUCACUUGGCUCGGUUACUUCUGCUUUACCUCCAACCCUUUCUUCUACGGGUGCCUCAACCGGCAGAUCCGGGGCGAGCUGGGACGCCUCCUCACUUGUUUCUUCAAGCAGCCGCCCGAGGAGGACCUGCGGCUGCCCAGCCGGGAGGGCUCCAUCGAGGAGAACUUCCUCCAGUUCCUCCAGGGCACCGGUUGUCCCGCCGAGCCCCCGGCCUCGCACCCCCAGCCCCCAAGCGGGGACCAGCCCCCCGUCGAUUUUCGCAUCCCGGGCCAGAUCGACGAGGACACGGCCGAGGGGCCGGAGCGGCGUGGCGGGGACGGGAUCUACGUGCCGGUGGUCGGCUCUCCCAAACCGGAGCUGUAG